CUUGGCUGCGAAAUCAAUAAAUCAGAAAACAUAGCUAAGGAGAAAAGUUUUGGAGGAAACAGCUUGCAAGAUGAAAGUCGCUUUUUAUUUAUGCUUUUCUAUCAUAAUAAAGUUAGUUGCUUCAAACUCAACAGAAUAUGCAACAACUGAUACAUUUAUUGAUUAUUUUGCCACACCAGAAGAUCAACCAAAUCCCCAGCAUGCCUUUAUAGGAUCGAAGAAAUGCAUGAGAGUGCUAGGAUGUUUCGUCAUAACGUCAGACUUCUUCCAUCCGUUAUUUCGGCCAAUAAAUUUCUUGCCCCAGGAUCGAGCAACUAUCGACACGCAGUUUCUGCUGUACACCAAAGAAAAUCCUAAGGAACUCCAAAAACUUGAUGUUAGCAAACCAGAAAGUAUUAAAAAGUCCUGUUUAAAUCCCAAACAUCGAACUGUUUUCAUAGUUCAUGGAUUCUUCGACAGCAGGUUGUAUGCUAAAUGGAUGGAGGCUACGAAAGACGAUAUUUUGCUGUACAGUGACCACAAUGUCAUAAUCGUGGACUGGAGUAAAGGGAAUGGCAUGCCGUACACUCAGGCUACAGCUAAUACAAGAGUAGUAGGAGCCGAGAUUGCACUCAUGAUCCAAACCCUGCAAAAACUUAAAGGACUCUCCCCAAUGGAUUGCCAUAUAAUCGGUCACAGUCUGGGAGCUCAUAUUGCCGGAUAUGCAGGAAAGAGACUAAAUAAGUUAGGACGCAUAUCUGCGGCGGAUCCAGCUCAACCUUAUUUUCAAAAUAUGCCUGAAUCAGUGCGACUUGAUCGAAGAGAUGCAGAUUUUGUUGACGUGAUCCACACCGAUAUAUCAUCUCUGAAAUUCCUGGCCCUGGGGAUGUCACAAGCAAUCGGUCAUGUAGACUUUUAUCCAAACAACGGAAUGAGUCAACCUGGUUGCGCGACUUCUGUGAUUCAUUCAAUAUUUAUGGAAGGUCUCUUUGAUGCUGCUCGUCGCUUCGUAUCUUGCAAUCACCAAAGGGCUGUUGAUUUUUUCACAUACUCAAUUAACUACAAAAAGAUUCUUCCAGUAGCGUAUCAGUGCAGAAGCUGGGAUGAUUAUCUAAGUGGACUAUGUUCAGAAUGUGGUCCAGAUGGCAUAAAAUGUGCAGUUUUGGGUUUUCGAGCUGAUGAAUACAGGCAAAGAAAAAAUGACUCACAGUCCAUCAAAAUGUAUUUGGCUACUUCUGGUUCUGCACCCUUUUUUCUGAACAGCUUUCAAAUAACAGUGAAACUGCAAAAACCCGAAAAGGAGUAUAAAGACAGGAAUGGUAAAAUCACUAUAACAAUCUUUGGUGAAGAAAAGGAUUUUGAAGUUACUUUAAAGAAAUACGGAACUCUCACCCAUGGUGCGACGUACCCAUACCUGGCGCACACAGAUUCACCAAUAGGAAAGGUGAAGGGUGUAUCUUUUACGUGGAGGAGUUCAGAGUGGUUCAGUUUAUUUCUGACUCACACAAUACACUUAGAUUACGUGAAGCUCGUACCAAUGAAUGUUGCCUACGAAAGAAAGAAAGCAGCAGAAACAAAGAAAUUUUGCUACACAUCUGGAAAUCCCAUUCCAUCCAAAAAAGUUGUUCCUUUACAGCUUUGUAAUUAGUUUUUGGACAAAUAGUACUAUGCUAUUGAUUUUAAAUAAAGAAUUCAUUUCUUGCUUA